UUUAACCCACUACUAUUCUUGUGAAGAAACAAGGGCUCUGUGAAUAAUGUGGCUGCAUACACAUCAGCAGGUGUCAUCUGUGGUGCAGUGUUCCGCCGUGUGUCUGGUGCUGUCACCGCCAUGCGAAGCUUUUCUGCUGCGUAAUGAAGACAGCACCGUGGAGAACCAAUUCGCUACAAAAAAACAGGUCUGCAUAGUGUACAAGACGUUCGAAACUAGUGAUGAAUCUACGGCGGGACAGGGGGAAGCUGUCUACAUCCGACCUCAGAUUGUAACACAAACUACGACCACGCCAGAGCCCGUAGUGACGACCACGCCCAUGCCUCGCAGUGAAUAUGAAGAACUCGAUAUAAGGGAAAACUUCGACAAGACUGAAGAUGACUGCUCCUCGGACAAGGCCAUUGCUGCCUUGGUCCUGACAUCUGGAGACGAGACUAUGUCCAACUUAGACUAUUUUGAAUGUCGCAGAAUCAUCUACCCCGAUAAGAUGAACAUAGACAAUAAAGAUGAGGAGUUUGUGAUGACAGAGGUCCCCAAUGACAAAGUCUGCACCGAAAAUAGAGUGUUGGUAGCAUUUGAGGCAUCUGACAUCGACGGUAACAGUCUGAAACGGUGGGAGAAUCCUAAGAGUAUGAAAGGCAUCUGUCACAAGAUCACAAAUUUCAAUGUUUCUAGUGAUGCUUGUGAAAUCGUGGGUGUCUCGAGCGAUCCAUGGAUUGGAGCCGAUCACUUGGACUCGCUUACUUGGAACACGACCAUCUACUGUCCUCAGGGAACUCUUGCUGUGGGCAUGACUAGGGAAACGCUAAGUGUAGACUCCAUAACCUUCAAGAUAACAAGUCUUAAGUGUUGCACUAUCACUUUUAUCCAGUAAUAUUUAUUUUUCUGUGAUUAUCAAGGAACCAUGGUAUCAAUAAUGAAAUAUAUUUGAAUACCCAUUCUUUUUAUCGCUAAUUUUCACUUAUCCUAAGCUCAACGACCUCAUCUAUCAUUUCUAAGUGACCUAGAUUAUCUUAAACACAUUACUUAAACUGAGUAAGUUAUUUUUUUACAUGCUGACCUCAAAUAGAGUAAUUACAUAUUUGCAUAUUGGUUAUUGACUUUAUGCAAAUUCUCUCUCUCUCUCUCUCUCUC